UCCUUAUAAUUUCUAGUUAUAAUUUUCUCUCGUAUCAGAUAUUACAAUCCAUGAAGGACGCUUUGUGCUGAUGUUGUAUGUUCAACAGGUUUUUGGCGUUCUUUCACUUCAUAGAGGCAUGUCCAAUAACAAUCGAAGGACACAGUCAGUGGAAAAUAGUAACUUUGAAGGGCUCAACGAACACGGGAGCAAGCCAUAUGACGGGACAUGCUUCUGCCGUCUUCAGGUGGUGGCGUUGAAGUCGAAGACGAGGAGAAACCCAGGGAGAUGGUUUUUCAGGUGUCCUCUGUGGAAGACGAAGAACACUGGGUGUCGUUAUUUUCAAUGGAUGGACGAAACCAACGAGGAAUCUGUUGGGCUAGAGGAAAUCUCGAAGAAUGGAACACUAGUAUGCAAUGAAUGUGGAGUCUUGAAAGAGAGAUUUACCAGUCUUGAGACAGAGACCAUACACAGAGAUGGAAAGAUGAUGAGGGAGCACAUGAAGAGAGUUGAAUUGUUUCUAUGCAUCAUUCUGUGUGGAAUUGUACUGAGUUUGAUUUUGAGUGUGAUUUGUUUGGUUAGAUAGGAGAAGGGAUGCAUGCAGGACAAACAAUGGAUGUUAUGUGUUAUUGUUUUGUGGAAUUUAUGUUGACAUU